GUUUCCUUUUUCCUGUUCGAGAUUGGCGGUAACAGUUAGUGGCAUCACAAUUACACGGUUCGGUGUUGAUACAUAAUCCUUCUUUUCACUUACAACAAUAAUUUUGACACCGCGUGCGUAUCUGCAUCUUCCACAUUUGUUAAGUAUUCAUUUAUCAAAAAUGCCUUCUGAUGCAAAGAAACGCCGCGAUGCAAAAAAGAAGGAAGCUGCAAAGGCAAGAACACAAAAGAAACCUACACAAAAAGCUGAAGAACAAAUAAAUGGAGAUUCUAAUUGCAAUGAUACAGCAGCUGAGAUACAAACUAAUGGUGUUCAUUUGUCUGCAGCUGAAGAAGAACUUGUAAAUAAAUUGGAACAUGAUAUGAAAUUAAAUGCAGAAGCUAGAGCAUGUACUGGUGUUUUAGCUGUACAUCCGCGUUCAAGAGAUAUAAAAAUAGAGAAUUUUUCUAUAAAUUUUCAUGGAGUUGAACUUUUAACUGAUACAAAAUUGGAAUUAAAUUGUGGGCGAAGAUAUGGCUUAAUUGGAUUAAAUGGCAGUGGAAAAUCAACAUUAUUAGCUGCUCUGGGCAGAAGAGAAGUACCCAUUCAAAGUCAUAUUGAUAUAUAUCAUUUAACUCGUGAAAUGGAAGCCAGUGAAAAAUCUGCUCUUCAAGCUGUUAUGGAUGUAGACGUUGAAAGGGCAAGAUUGGAAAAGUUAUCUGAAGAAUUAGCUCAUUAUGAUGAUGAAGAGUCUCAAGAGCAGCUAAUGGAUAUUUAUGAAAGAUUAGAUGAAAUAGGAGCCGAUAAGGCACAAGCUAAAGCUGCAUAUAUUUUGCAUGGUUUAGGAUUUUCAAAACAAAUGCAACAGAAACAAUGUAAAGAUUUUUCAGGUGGUUGGAGAAUGCGAAUUGCAUUAGCCAGAGCAUUAUAUGUGCGACCACAUUUACUGCUUCUUGAUGAACCAACUAACCAUCUUGAUUUGGAAGCUUGUGUGUGGCUAGAAGAUGAACUAAAAACAUAUAAGCGAAUAUUAGUGAUUAUAUCACAUUCUCAAGAUUUUUUGAAUGGUGUUUGUACUAAUAUAAUUCAUAUUGAAAAGAAAAGGUUGAAUUACUAUGGUGGUAACUAUGAUACCUUUGUACGAACUCGAUUGGAACUUUUAGAAAAUCAGAUGAAGCGAUAUAAUUGGGAACAAAGUCAGAUAGCUCAUAUGAAGGAUUAUAUUGCUCGUUUUGGUCAUGGUAGUGCUAAAUUAGCACGACAGGCUCAAAGUAAGGAAAAGACAAUGGCGAAAAUGGUUGCAGCAGGAUUGACCGAAAAAGUUAUUUCUGAAAAGGUUGUUCAGUUUUAUUUUCCUGAUUGUGGGACCAUUCCUCCUCCUGUCAUCAUGGUUCAAAAUGUAUCUUUCAGAUACACAGAUGAUGGGCCAUGGAUUUAUAAGAACUUGGAAUUUGGUAUUGAUCUUGAUUCAAGAAUUGCCUUAGUGGGACCUAAUGGAGCUGGGAAAUCUACUUUACUGAAACUGCUAUGUGGUGAACUUGUCCCUAGUGAUGGUUUAAUUAGAACACAUUCACAUUUACGAUUUGCCAGAUAUCACCAGCAUUUAACAGAUUUACUUAAUCUUGAUAUUUCUGCCUUGGAAUAUAUGAUGAGUAGUUUUCCUGAAAUAAAAGAAAAAGAAGAAAUGAGAAAAAUAAUUGGACGAUUUGGAUUGACUGGCCGCCAACAGGUGUGUCCCAUCCGCCAAUUGUCUGAUGGGCAGAGGUGUCGUGUUGUAUUUGCAUGGCUAGCAUGGCAAUCUCCACAUUUACUACUACUUGACGAACCUACAAAUCAUUUAGACAUGGAAACUAUUGAUGCCUUAGCUGAAGCAAUAAAUGAAUUCUCUGGGGGCAUGGUACUAGUUAGCCAUGACUUCAGGCUUAUAAGUCAAGUAGCUCAAGAAAUAUGGGUAUGUGAGAACCAGACUAUUACUAAAUGGCCUGGGACUAUUCAAAGCUACAAGGAUCAUCUACGUAAACGAAUUUUAAAAGAUCUAGAAAAUCCUAUGUGAAUAUUCAUCAAAGAAACAACCUCUCCUUAAUUCCAGCUUUUCUUCAGCUGCCAGUUUUCCACCUUAUGUUGUCUCUAACCUCCUAUUUAUUUUUAAGCUCCUUGUUUUUAAUACCUCAAAUUUGUUUGUUAUACAAUGAAACAUAUUUAUGUUUACACUAUCAGUAAAUAAUGUAAAAUUCAGUAAAUACACUAAGCACUUACCUGACAAUAUCUGCUGCUUCCAGAUGCAUUCUAAAUUUAAGAUAUGUUUAUAUCGAUCUUCCAUAUAAUUGCUUUUGAUGUAUGUACUUUUUUAUUUUGUUAAUUCUGCAUAAAAGUUACAAGAACAAAUUAAUAUUCUUAGUUGUGGGCUGUAUUUAAUUCCAUAAGUUUUAAAUUUUGGUAACUAGAUUAUUUUGAUUUUCUUUUUAUUAAUUCCGACCUGGAAAUGCAUUUUUUAUGUCACUUAUGUUUUCCAAAUAAAGUCUCAGUUGUAUUAUUUCCAAUAAUUUAAAUUGCUGAUCCAAUGUAUGUAUGACUUUACCUGUGACAUGGUUUGUGAUACUUUUUUGAAAAUGUUCUGUUGGUAUUGAGCAUUAGAAUGUGAUACUCUGCUGAUAAGAAUAAACUGACUACUAUUGUU